AUGUCAGAAACUAACACACCCACCUCUACUUCCAUACUACACCAGGAAAUGAGACGCUUAGAAAUUAAAAAGUAUGGCGAACUUAUCUUGUUUUUAAAAGAACAGAACUUAGGGCUUAGCGAGACAGCUCUCAAAAUCUUAGAAAAUGAAGAGGCUACGCUUAAGAUUAAGAAUGAUGAACCUGAAGCAUGGAGGCAACGCGCUACUCUGAACGAGGAAAAGGUUGACGAGCUUAAAGCUCGAAAUGCUAAUCUCGAGGUUGAGAAUUCCGAUCUUAAGAACAAGGUUGUGAAGCUUGAGCAGGAACACAAGGUUCGCACAGUGGGUGAGCAGUCACAAGUGAAGACGCGGAGCGCUGCUAAUACCAAGACAUGCGAAGCUUCUGAAAGGCAAAAGAAAAACGUUAGUGGUGAGAUUCAGAGUAAGCGGAAAAAGAAACAAACGCUUGAAUCGUCUGCUCAGGACUCAACGAGUAAUCAUCGGAUGAUUUCGGAAAAUUCGGGAAGAAUCGUGGAAACCGUGACAAAAAGUCACGAUCAGAUUGAGCCGAAGGUUGAUACUGGCAAUUCUGAUAAUACCACUGAAUCUUGUAUGGAAGAUAUGAUCCCGGACUCCGCACAAAAAUUAUCGGAAUUAUUUGAUAAAGCAAUAAAAACAGGCCAGAAACAAAUCCUAUACUGGUUUUAUUAUUCUCUUGAAUUUGAAAACAGAUUCAGAAGCCUUACAAUGGAUGGCAAGGUUAAGUAUAAAACGGCAAGAUCGAAAAUAUAUAGGGUAAUGAAACCUUUUCUACCCAUGAUUACAGAUGUAAAUUUGCGUAAGAGAACUGAGAGAGCUCGAAAAAUCCUUAAGCUCUUUGGUGAAGGAGCAUAUUAUAAAUCAGUUGACUUCGAAAACCGAGACAUUUUGUCAUACUACGACGACGCUUUUAUGAAGAGAUUUGAUGAUGAUUCUGGGGAUGAAACUUUCGAAAGAGGAUGCAGAAAUAGUAUCCAGCCGGAGGCUAGCGAAUUUUCGGACGAAGGAAGCCAGAAUGAAACGUCAGCAGGUUCUUCUAGUUCUGACUCUGACUCCGACGAAUCUAUAGACUCGAACCACCAGAUCCAUUACGAAUCUUCAAAUGAAGAAAGCCAGAAUGAAAAUUCUGUAAGUUCUCCCAACUCUGAUACUGAUUACGAUGAAUCUGACGCGAAACGUGAGGAAGUGACGCCUCGAAUCACGGAUGAAGACAUCUUGGCAGGCUUUUAG